ACAAACAAUCAAAAGCUUUCGUCUCUCUCUCUCUCUCUCUCCUGAAAUCUUAAAAACUCUGAGACACAAAACUUCCUUAAUUCUUUGCUUCAUCCACAUCUCACAGAUCACGCCUUUACUCCUAGGAAAUAUAUAUAUAUAUUACUGCUUUAACUUAGAAGAUGCCUUCAGCCCAAGAUCCAUUCUAUGUUGUCAAAGAAGAAAUUCAAGAAUCUAUUGAUAAGUUGCAAUCUACUUUUCACCAAUGGGAGCAUAUUCCUUCCAAUACUGGAGAGCGAGUAAAUCUUAUAAAGGAGCUGCUUGCUGGUUGUGAGAGCAUUGAGUGGCAGGUGGAUGAAUUGGACAAAGCAAUUGCUGUAGCAGCUAGAGAUCCUGCCUGGUAUGGCAUUGAUGAAGUGGAAAUUGAAAAACGAAGGAGAUGGACCGGCACUGCUCGCACUCAGGUGAGGUCUGUAAAGAAAGCAGUGGAAGCUGGAAAGGAAUCGAAUGGUACUAGCAGUACUAGUGUGAAUGGGAUGCAUAGAGAACUAAUGAGGCUGCCAAAUUCUCAUCAGACAGACAGAUCCAACAAGUACUCUGGCGAGGAUGAUGAUGACUUUAUAGCAUCAGAAUCAGAUAGACAGUUGCUUCUUAUAAAGCAACAGGAUGAGGACUUAGACGAGCUUGGUGCAAGUCUGGUAAGAAUUGGAGAUGUUGGGCUUACCAUACAUGAUGAGCUCCUUGGGCAGGAGAAGAUUCUAGAUGAUUUGGGCAUGGAAAUGGAUAGUACAUCAAAUCGUCUUGAUUUUGUUCAGAAAAAGGUGGCUAUGGUCAUGAAGAAGGCUGGUAUCAAGGGACAGAUAAUGAUGAUAUUGUUUUUGGUGGUUCUUUUCAUCGUCCUGUUUGUAUUGGUCUUCUUGACCUAAUCAUGAGAGUGAAGUCAGUUAGCCGUGUAUGUACAUAAGAAAGAGAGUUGCCGAUCUUUAGGAGGAACUAUGGGACUUGGGGAAUACAGAGAAUUUUUAAUGGUAAUUUAUACUUGUGCUACAUAAAAGCCGACCUGGAACAUCAGAACCAAGGAAGAAUCUGUGUUUCUAAUUUUUUUUUUUUUUUAAUAUUAUUAUUAGUGGACUGAAAUUCGAUAUUGAACAGAUUGAGUUAAAAAUAUACUGUAAAUCAGACCCGCAUAUUGUUUUUUUUGUUUUUUUUUUUGUUUAUUCCUCCAUGUGAGGGUGAUGUUUGUUCUGACUUCCGAUUGUCUAUUGCUAUAUAGAAGGUUUAUACUUGGGAUUUCAGU